UGCCCUGACAUUAAGUUCAGUCGUGUCUGACUUUGGGGGUUGGUGGUCAUCUCCAUUUCUAAGCCAAAGAGCCGGCGUUGUCCGUAGACUCCUCCAAGGUCAUGUGGGAUGACUGCAUGGAGCACCGUUACCUUUCCGCUGGAGCGGUACCUAUUCAUCUACUCUAAUUUGAAUGUUUUUGAACUUUAGGGUUGGGAGAAGCUGGGGUUAACAGUGGGGGCUCUGUCCGUUCUUCGAAUUCAAACCUGCGACCUUUCGGUCCAGAAAUUUAGCAGCUCAGCGCUUGAACACGCUGCAGCAUCAGGGGAUAUUAUUUCCUAAAGGUUGUGAAUAUACAAUAUUUUUGAUUGUUUUUGUGUGUUGGAGGCAAGUAUUAAUGUUGCAAUUAGGGAAAAUGAUUAGCAUGUAAUGGCCUUGUAGCUUUAAAGCCUGGCUGUUUCCUCCCUGAGUGAAUUUUUUUGGGAGGUGUUAGCUGGCCCUGAUUGUUUCCUGUCUGGAAUUCCCUUGUUUUCAGAGUGGUGUUUGUGAUAUUUUAUGUGCUUCUACUGUCUGUGGCCCUCAGAAAACAGAGGACUUGCCAGACUUUGGUGAUGGGAAUACUUUGUUGGGAGGUGUUAGCUGGCCCUGAUUGUUUCCUGUGUGGAAUUCCACUGUUUUCAGAGUGUUCUUUAUUUAGUGUUCUGAUUUUAGAGAUUAUAUUGUUGUGUAUUAUUGUACCACAGUAAUUAUUUCAUAUUACAGUAGAAUCUCAGUUAUCCAACAUUUGGUAAUUCAAUGUUCUGGAUUAUCCAACGUAGUCUGCGUUUUAGUAGUCAUUUUUUUGUACUCAGUGUUUUAAAUUGUGAUACUUUUUCUGUCAAAUUUGUUGUAUAACAUGAUGUUUUGGUGGUUAAUUUGUAUAAUGAUUACCUAAUUUGAUGUUUAAUCGGGUUUUCCUGAAUCCGUUCUUAUUAUCCAACAUAUUCAGUUAUGCAAUGUUGUGCUGGGAUGUUUAUGUUGGAUAAGUGAGAAUCUAGUGUAUAUUUAUAAUUUUGCAAGGAAGGCGUUUGCGUAAUCUCCCGGGCACUGGAAAGGGGUAAAUAAAUAACAGAAGAGGAGAAGGCGCUCUGUACAUGCUCAGGGCCCAGGCGGGAGGCGUGGCGGGCUGAGGUCUGCCCUUCUCCUUUGCCCCUCAAUUCCGGCCCUUCCCCUCCUACCGGAGGCGGCACCGGUGUGGUGGUGGGUUGGCGGGCCUGGUAAGCCAGGGAAGAGCGGGCUCUGGUGGAGGCGCAGGCCCCGGGCGUAGCGGCUUCAUCCCCGCCUCCGCGCUUCCCGGUGCCAGCCUCCAUGUUCUUCCCGCGCAGUAGGAGGAAAGGAGGAGGCCUGAGCAGCGGCGAGGAGGAGGAGGAGGAGAACCGGGCUGGGAAGGCGGGCGAUGGGGCGCUUGUCUGUCGCUGCAGGCCGGAGAGGAAGAAAAAAGGGUGGGAAAGGGUUCCUCUCCACACAGAGGGAGAGAGGCAGGACUCGCUUUUCCAGAAGUGCCUUGUGCGGAGGUGACAUUGUUGGCGCGAAACACCAGGAAGGUACCAAGGGAGGGGGAAAGAGGCCUUUUUUGUUUCCUAGGCGAGAUGUUAGGACAGGGACGGGUCAGCUUGGGCCCUCCGGGUGUUUUGGAGUGGAACUUCAGAUUCGAGGAUGAGUAGGUCAGCCUCGUGAGGCGGAGGUGUGCCUUCUCCUGCCGAGUCCCUGGCUUUGGCGGUGAAGGCGGCAAUAGAGGGUGAGGAAGGGGGGGACAGUUUUGUGUGUGUGCGCGCACGGGAAGGGUUCGGAGGAUUGUGUUUGUGCGCAUGCGCACAUUGCCUGUUGUGCUUUUUAGUGUUGUGAUUGUGUUUUUUGUUUGAAUGUGUUGUAUCUUACUGAAGGCGGGGAUGAUGGAUUGUGAUGGUAAUUUUAGAGUUUGGGGGGUGUUGGGUUUUGUUGUUUUGUGCGUCGCCACGACGCCAAAAGCCUUUUAUAUAUACAGAUGCUUACCUUUUACGAUACCAUUUGUGCAAUAUUUUCCUCCUCGUUUCUCGUACUCUGGUAUUCCUUUUCAUCCCUAUUGACUUUACCACAUUUCUCAUCUCUUGUUCCAUGAUUUGUAACUCCAUUUCCCAGAUACUUUUCAAAUCCCGUAUUGUACAUCCAUCAGCCUCUAUUAGCAUUGUAUAUAUUUUGCUGGCCUGUGCCUUCUUUCCUUCCUCUUUUUCUCUUAUCUUUUCAAAGGCCUUCCCAGACGAAGGAUAACAGGCACUGCCAGUCUGAUAAUGCUAUGCAGUAAUGCUAUGUAGAAAUUACUGUAUUUACGAACUUAGAACCAAGAUAUAACGAUAUAUUGAAAACAUUGACUACAAAAAUGCGUUGGAUAAUCCAGAACGUUGGAUAAGUGAGUGUUGGAUAAGUGAGACUCUACUGUAGUUGGCUUGUCCUGAAAGUCAGUCAUAUUCUUAAUCUCGCUCUUGUUUUACUUGUAAGGAUAUGGACCUGGGGAGAGGUUAUGGCAAAGGCGGACUCGGGGAUUGUUGUGGUUGUUGUAGUUUAGUGUCUGCUUUGUUAUAUUAUAUUAAUGUUGGGACUUAAGUUGAGUCAUUAAAAACUAAAACACCUUUUGCCAAUACAGCAGAGUCUCACUUAUCCAGGCCUCGCUUAUCCAAGCCUCUGGAUAAUCCAAGCCAUUUUUAUAGUCAAUGUUUUCAAUAUAUCGUGAUAUUUUGGUACUAAAUUUGUAAAUACAGUAAUUACUACAUAGCAUUACCAUGUAUUGAACUACUUUUUCUGUCAAAUGUAUUGUAUAACAUGAUGUUUUGGUGCUUAAUUUGUAAAAUCAUAACCUAAUUGGAUGUUUAAUAGGCUUAUCCUUAAUCCCUCCUUAUUAUCCAAGAUAUUCGCUUAUCCAAGCUUCUGCCGGCCCGUUUAGCUUGGAUGAGUGAGACUCUGCUGUAUUCUGUCCUCCUCACCCUCAUCUAAGGUCCAAGGGUUGGCUCAGAAACUAGACAUCCGGACACGAGACCCACACUGCUUUCGAUUUCACUCCUCUGUGUUAACGUCGGCGCUGAGUCUGGCCGGACUCCUAUUAUGGUAAACCCCGGCCUCCUAUUGGUGGGAUGUUUUCCCCCUGGGCCAAUCCCCGCUCGCUGCGCUUCUGUCCGCCUCCAGCACUUCCAGCAGGAAACUUUUCCGCCUCCAACACCACCAGCAGGAAACUUCUCUCUCUGCUGGCGAUGGCGCGGCUGUUGCUGCUCCGGGUGGUGUCUGUCCUUCUCCUGGGACACCCGGGAAUCGCCCUCCCGCCCCCGGCUCCCGCAGCUUCUGCCGGCCGUUUAGCUUGGAUGAGUGAGACUCUGCUGUAUUCUGUCCUCCUCACCCUCAUCUAAGGUCCAAGGGUUGGCUCAGAAACUAGACAUCCGGACACGAGACCCACACUGCUUUCGAUUUCACUCCUCUGCGUUAACGUCCUCUGCGUUAACGCUGAGUCUGCCCGGAAACCGGUGACGCUAUGGUAAACCCCGGCCUCCUAUUGGUGGGAUGUUUUCCCCCUGGGCCAAUCCCCGCUCGCUGCGCUUCUGUCCGCCUCCGAACACCACCAGCAGGAAACUUUUCCGCCUCCAACACGACCAGCAGGAAACUUCUCUCUCAGCUGGCGAUGGCGCGGCUGUUGCUGCUCCGGGUUGUGUCUGUCCUUCUCCUGGGACACCUGGGAAUCGCCCUCCCGCCCCCGGCUCCCGCAGUCUCUUCCUCCUCCUCACACUCCUUGAGAUAUUUCUAUACUGCAGCAUCUGAAGAUAACAAAUUGCUUUCUUCAUUCAUCAUUGUUGGAUAUGUGGAUGACCAGCGGAUCUGUCAGUAUGACAGCACCGUGAAAGAGCAACGUCCUUGUGUUCCCUGGAUGAGUAAGGUAGAGGAAGAGGAUCCCUCCUACUGGGCAGAAGAAACUGAGGUGUCACGGAUUUCAGAAGUGUUUUUCAAAGAGAGUCUGGUGACAGCAAGGAAUCGUUAUAACCAGAGUGGAGGGUUUCACACCCUGCAGCAGAUGUAUGGCUGUGACCUGAGGAAAGAUGGGAGCAAAGCAGGAUACCGACAGUAUGCCUACGAUGGGAAGGACUUCAUCAGCUUUGACAAGGAGACCCUCACCUGGACGGCAGCUGAUGUGGAGGCCCAGAUCACCAAGAGGACAUGGGAUGCUCAAUCAACACAGAACCAGUACCUGAAGGCCUACCUGGAGGAGGAGUGCAUUGAGUGGCUGGAGAAGUACCUGGAAUACGGGAAGGAGACACUGCUGAGGACAGAGACACCAGAAGUGAUGGUGACCCGGAAGGUAGACCACGAUGGGAUGGAGACCUUGAUCUGCCGGGUGGGGGGCUUCUACCCCAAGGAGAUUGACAUCGAGUGGACAAGGGAUGGGGAGGUCUGGACGCAGGAUGUCUUCCAUGGCCUGGUGUCCCCCAACUCGGAUGGGACUUACUACACCUGGCGGAGCAUCACGGUGGACCCCAAGGAGAGGGAACGCUACAAAUGCCACGUGGAGCACGAUGGACUUCUGAAACCUGUGGAUGUGGCCUGGGAGGAGCCUGCCUCCAACUUGGGACUCAUCAUCGAGUGUGUCGUAGUGGCUCUCCUCGCGAUAGCUUACAUUGCUGUGCUUGCUUUUCUUUUUAUCAUCGAAUAUGUCUUAUGGGCUCUCCUCGCGAUAGCUGCAAUUGCUGUGCUUGCUGUUUAUUUCACCUCCAAAUUGGUGCUCAUUGGGUGUGCCGUGGGGAUUCUCCUUCCGAUUACUGGGCUUGCUGUUUAUUUCCAACUGAUUUUGGAGAUUUUGGAAGACUUCCGAGGUUUACAAAAUUCAAACAAAAAAGUAUUGGCAAGUGACCAAAAAUUCAACAUUUCUGAGGAAGGAAGUGAUAAAAAAUCCAACACUUCUAAGGAAGAAAGCGAUGAAGGGUUCGGCAGCACUGAGGAAGGACUUGAACGUCCUCAGAUUUUGGUGUCUACUGGAAACCAAAUACCAGCAGAUAUCAAGGGUCCACUAUACUGGGGGCUGAAAGGCUCAGCCCAGCUCCCGCCUGGCACCUGGAGACUGAUCUAGCUGAGUUUUGGCACCAUUACCAUUAUGACAACCACAGCGCAACUAGCAGGUCUGCCCUAUGAAUUGAGGAAAAGUUCAUCCGCCUAAGUGUUGGAUUUUGGUGCGCCGUUUAAGAAUUUCUUCAAGGUUUUCCACUGGAUGUCAACAAUUUAAAUUUGUAGAAAUAUUUAUAUUGCAAAGAGUUGGGCCUGAGGUACGAGGCUUGAAUGAAAAGUAAUGCCUCCACCUUCGUAACUCCUCAACAGAUGGCAGUCCUGGUCUGCAGCAGGUACUGGCUUAUUCAGUAGACUCUCCUCUACAGUUCCGUUUGGUGGGAAGCCUGAGCAUUGAACGGCUGUGUUGUUAAAGUGCAAAGUAUGGGACCCUGCGCAGACGGUCGGUCAAUGCGACUUAAGCAACGUGCAGUCAUUGAAUUCUCGACAGCAGAAGGUGCCACCACAAAGGAGAUUCAUCAGAGAAUGCAAGCUGUUUAUGGGGAUUGUGUUGAUGGGAGAGUAAGUUUCAAGAAGUGGGAACAUCUGACUUGCGUGACAAACAAAGAGUUGGACGUCCUUUGACAGCAACCACCGAGUUUCAAGCUAAAGGUUGACAGAUUGAUUCAGAACGAUUGCCAUAUCACUCAGAGAGAAAUUUCAAGCAUAAUCGGCAUUUCGCAAAAAUUAUUGCUUUGCUUGGCUAUCAGAAGAUCUGUGCAGGACGGGUACUGUGAGAUGCUGGUUGUGGAAGCAGAGUGCCGACUUCUUCCAUGACGGCUUCAGAACUGCGGCAAUUUUUAAGGGUUUUUUUCAUGUCAGAAGUGACUUGAGAAACUGUAAGUCGCUUCUGGUGUGAGAGAAUUGGCCAUCUGCAAGGAUGUUAGAGAAAGAACUACCCCACUCCUGAAGCAGCUACACUGGCUUCCGGUUUGUUUCUGGGCGCAAUUCAAGUUGCUGGCUUUGGCCUACAAAGCUCUAUACAGUUUGGGCCCAGCCUACUUGAGGGACUGUAGCUCCUUCUACCAACCCACUCGAGCUUCUUCUUCUUUUUUUUUUUUACGAAUUUUUAUUUUUAAAAACACAAAAAAUACAUACCGUACACAUACAAAACAUUUACAAUUCUCACCACCAACACGAGGAUUAUUUUCAUUUACAUAUUCAUUUAUUUUUGAGACAAUCUUUAUAUCUUUAUACAUUUCCAUCCUAUAUACUAUAUAACAAUUGUAUCUUAUUUCUUAUGGCUUGAUCUCUGGAUUGAUUCAUGAUAUAGUUCUUUACCCUUGUCCAUCUUUCUUCCAUUUCUCUCAUUUUUAAAACAUUUAAUUUCACAUUUAUAAUUUCAAAUUCCAUUUGCUCCACCAUAUAUUGGUACCAUUUAUUUACUGUCCAUUUUGAUUUAUCUUUCCACCCUAAUAUUAUUACUGCUUGUGCACAUUCAAUUAUUGCUUCUUUUAUUUCCCAUUUCCUCUCUUUUCCCUAAUACAGUAGAGUCUCACUUAUCCAAGCUAAACGGGCCAGCAGAAGCUUGGAUAAGCGAAUAUGUUGGAUAAUAAGGAGGGAUUAAGGAAAAGCCUAUUAAACAUCAAAUUAGGUUAUGAUUUUACAAAUUAAGCACCAAAACAUCAUGUUAUACAACAAAUUUGACAGAAGAAGUAGUUCAGUACGCAGUAAUGUUAUGUUGUAAUUACUGUAUUUACGAAUUUAGCACCAAAAUAUCACAAUAUAUUGAAAACAUUGACUACAAAAAUGGCUUGGAUAAUCCAGAAGCUUGGAUAAGCGAGGCUUGGAUAAGUGAGACUCUACUGUACCGCUAUUUCCUUUGUUAUGACCCACUCAUUUCCUAGUAUUUGAUUUGACUCAUUUUGUAUAGUCUGCCAAAAAUAUUGUACAUAUUCACAUUCCCACAUCAUGUGCAUAAACCGCCCUUUCUGAUGACAUCCAUGCCAGCACUGACUACUCCCCUUUUUAUAGUAGUACUAGUUGUGCCCGGCCACGCGUUGCUGUGGCGAAGUCUGGUGGUCUGGGAAAUAAAGUAUUGAGGAAUUGGUGGUAGUUAAGCUAAAGGGUAAAGGUUUUGCCCUGACAUUAAGUUCAGUCGUGUCCGACUUUGGGGGUUGGUGGUCAUCUCCAUUUCUAAGCCAAAGAGCCGGCGUUGUCCGUAGACUCCUCCAAGGUCAUGUGGGGUGACUGCAUGGAGCACCGUUACCUUUCCGCUGGAGCGGUACCUAUUCAUCUACUCUAAUUUGAAUGUUUUUGAACUUUAGGGUUGGGAGAAGCUGGGGUUAACAGUGGGGGCUCUGUCCGUUCUUCGAAUUCAAACCUGCGACCUUUCGGUCCAGAAAUUUAGCAGCUCAGCGCUUGAACACGCUGCAGCAUCAGGGGAUAUUAUUUCCUAAAGGUUGUGAAUAUACAAUAUUUUUGAUUGUUUUUGUGUGUUGGAGGCAAGUAUGAAUGUUGUAAUUAGGGAAAAUGAUUAGCAUGUAAUGGCCUUGUAGCUUUAAAGCCUGGCUGUUUCCUCCCUGAGUGAAUUCUUUUGGGAGGUGUUAGCUGGCCCUGAUUGUUUCCUGUCUAGAAUUCCCUUGUUUUCAGAGUGGUGUUGUUUGUGAUAUUUUAUGUGCUUCUACUGUCUGUGGCCCUCAGAAAACAGAGGACUUGCCAGACUUUGGUGAUGGGAAUACUUUGUUGGGAGGUGUUAGCUGGCCCUGAUUGUUUUCUGUGUGGAAUUCCACUGUUUUCAGAGUGUUCUUUAUUUAGUGUUCUGAUUUUAGAGAUUAUAUUGUUGUGUAUUAUUGUACCACAGUAAUUAUUUCAUAUUACAGUAGAAUCUCAGUUAUCCAACAUUUGGUAAUUCAAUGUUCUGGAUUAUCCAACGUAGUCUGCGUUUUAGUAGUCAUUUUUUUUGUACUCAGUGUUUUAAAUUGUGAUACUUUUUCUGUCAAAUUUGUUGUAUAACAUGAUGUUUUGGUGGUUAAUUUGUAUAAUGAUUACCUAAUUUGAUGUUUAAUCGGGUUUUCCUGAAUCCGUUCUUAUUAUCCAACAUAUUCAGUUAUGCAAUGUUGUGCUGGGAUGUUUAUGUUGGAUAAGUGAGAAUCUAGUGUAUAUUUAUAAUUUUGCAAGGAAGGCGUUUGCGUAAUCUCCCGGGCACUGGAAAGGGGUAAAUAAAUAACAGAAGAGGAGAAGGCGCUCUGUACAUGCUCAGGGCCCAGGCGGGAGGCGUGGCGGGCUGAGGUCUGCCCUUCUCCUUUGCCCCUCAAUUCCGGCCCUUCCCCUCCUACCGGAGGCGGCACCGGUGUGGUGGUGGGUUGGCGGGCCUGGUAAGCCAGGGAAGAGCGGGCUCUGGUGGAGGCGCAGGCCCCGGGCGUAGCGGCUUCAUCCCCGCCUCCGCGCUUCCCGGUGCCGGCCUCCAUGUUCUUCCCGCGCAGUAGGAGGAAAGGAGGAGGCCUGAGCAGCGGCGAGGAGGAGGAGGAGGAGGAGGAGAACCGGGCUGGGAAGGCGGGCGAUGGGGCGCUUGUCGGUCGCUGCAGGCCGGAGAGGAAGAAAAAAGGGUGGGAAAGGGUUCCUCUCCACACAGAGGGAGAGAGGCAGGACUCGCUUUUCCAGAAGUGCCUUGUGCGGAGGUGACAUUGUUGGCGCGAAACACCAGGAAGGUACCAAGGGAGGGGGAAAGAGGCCUUUUUUGUUUCCUAGGCGAGAUGUUAGGACAGGGACGGGUCAGCUUAGGCCCUCCGGGUGUUUUGGAGUGGAACUUCAGAUGCGAGGAUGAGUAGGUCAGCCUCGUGAGGCGGAGGUGUGCCUUCUCCUGCCGAGUCCCUGGCUUUGGCGGUGAAGGCGGCAAUAGAGGGUGAGGAAGGGGGGGACAGUUUUGUGUGUGUGUGCGCACGGGAAGGGUUCGGAGGAUUGUGUUUGUGCGCAUGCGCACAUUGCCUGUUGUGCUUUUUAGUGUUGUGAUUGUGUUUUUUGUUUGAAUGUGUUGUAUCUUACUGAAGGCGGGGAUGAUGGAUUGUGUUGGUAAUUUUAGAGUUUGGGGGGUGUUGGGUUUUGUUGUUUUGUGCGUCGCCACGACGCCAAAAGCCUUUUAUAUAUACAGAUGCUUACCUUUUACGAUACCAUUUGUGCAAUAUUUUCCUCCUCGUUUCUCGUACUCUGGUAUUCCUUUUCAUCCCUAUUGACUUUACCACAUUUCUCAUCUCUUGUUCCAUGAUUUGUAACUCCAUUUCCCAGAUACUUUUCAAAUCCCGUAUUGUACAUCCAUCAGCCUCUAUUAGCGUUGUAUAUAUUUUGCUGGCCUGUGCCUUCUUUCCUUCCUCUUUUUCUCUUAUCUUUUCAAAGGCCUUCCCAGACGAAGGAUAACAGGCACUGCCAGUCUGAUAAAUAAUUUGAUAAAACCUGACAAAUAACUUUAGAGGCCGGAGGUUAUGGAUAUCUGUAAAUGGUGCUUGCUGCAAGUUUUUAAAAUUGUUUUAUUUGAUAUGUUAAUUGGGUUUUUAUAUUAGGAUGAUGUUUUAAUCUGAUUUUGUACUGCAGUUGGAUGUAUUUGUAUGAAUUUUAUAUGUUGUACGCCGCUUUGAAUCCCACCCACGGGAGAAAAGAGGGAUAAAAAUAAAUAAAUAAAUAA